AUUGCUGCUGUAAAAGUCACUGAUUAAAACAGAGAUCAUUUAAGAUAAACGUGAGUUGCGCUAAAAACAAAACUACUGUUGGCACCGUGCCCUCCCUCAUCAGGUAAAUUUCCAAGGUUUGGCUCCUCCCUCAGUCCCUCCCCAUUCCUUUUCCUUGUGAUGCUGGGAUGUGUCUGUUUUGACACCACGUGCACCAUGUUUUAAAGCCUGCUCAUUAAACCAAGACACAGAUUUGACCACAUCAUCUCUCAAGACAAGAACAAUCUGCCUCUUCAAGAUGAUGAAGGAGAGUGACAACGAGAACUCUGUUGUUGGGUCAGAGAGGUCACUCCGGUGUGGCCUGUCCUGCCUCGGUCCUCUGACCUUCCACUCUCAGGCUGUGGGAGAUAAUGUGCGCCUGAGCCAGGGGUGUCGACUCGCAGAGAGGACGGAGAAGACGUUCAGGAACGGCCUGGUGUUCAUUAGCCGCCCAGUGAAGGUCCAGGAGAGGAUUCGUCUGAGGGUGGAGAAGGAUUUGAUGAACUGGCACGGAACUCUGCGUGUGGGCUUCACCAACGUGCCACCUUCAGCCAGAUCUCAGCCUCUGCCCGACAUGGCCAUCCCCAACCUCACUGACAUCUACGGGCACUGGGCUGCUCCCGUGCAUGAAUCCUACUGCCAAGCAGGUUCAGAGCUUGAGUUCUGGGUUUCCAAUAGAGGCUCCUUAUACAUUACUAGCAACAACAUCAGGCAGCACAAACUACUGACAGGAGUGGAUCUGAGCAAGCCGCUGUGGGCCAUGAUAGACAUCUACGGACAGACGUGCUCCAUUUUCCUUCUGGGCUCAGAGAAAAGGGAGCUGUUUCGCACCAGAAGGUCCUGUCCUGCACCUGAACGCCCCACCUCGGAUGUUGACAUUCCCAGCAGGAUGACUCCUGUUGUGUCGAACCUCCAUGGAAACAGCGAGCAAUGCAUCUCCUGUCUUGACAUGGAAGUCCCAGCAGUUGUUGGGUCAGAGAGGUCACUCCGGUGUGGCCUGUCCUGCCUCGGUCCUCUGACCUUCCACUCUCAGGCUGUGGGAGACAAUGUGCGCCUGAGCCAGGGGUGUCGACUCGCAGAGAGGACGGGGAAGACGUUCAGGAACGGCCUGGUGUUCAUUAGCCGCCCAGUGAAGGUCCAGGAGAGGAUUCUUCUGAGGGUGGAGAAGGAUUUGAUGAACUGCCAAGGAGCUCUGCGUGUGGGCUUCACCAACGUGCCACCUUCAGCCAGAUCUCAGCCUCUGCCCGACAUGGCCAUCCCCAACCUCACUGACAUCUCCGGGCACUGGGCUGCUCCCGUGCAUGAAUCCUACUGCCAAGCAGGUUCAGAGCUUGAGUUCUGGGUUUCCAAUGGAGGCUCCUUAUACAUUACUAGCAACAACAUCAGGCAGCACAAACUACUGACAGGAGUGGAUCUGAGCAAGCCGCUGUGGGCCAUGAUAGACAUCUACGGACAGACGUGCUCCAUUUUCCUUCUGGGCUCAGAGAAAAGGGAGCUGUUUCGCACCAGAAGGUCCUGUCCUGCACCUGAACGCCCCACCUCACUGGAUGUUGACAUUCCCAGCAGGAUGACUCCUGCUGUGUCGAACCUCCACGGAGACAGCGAGCAAUGCAUCUCCUGUCUUGACAUGGAAGUCCCAGCAGUUGUUGGGUCAGAGAGGUCACUCCGGUGUGGCCUGUCCUGCCUCGGUCCUCUGACCUUCCACUCUCAGGCUGUGGGAGACAAUGUGCGCCUGAGCCAGGGGUGUCGACUCGCAGAGAGGACGGGGAAGACGUUCAGGAACGGCCUGGUGUUCAUUAGCCGCCCAGUGAUCCAGGAGAGGAUUCGUCUGAGGGUGGAGAAGGAUUUGAUGAACUGCCAAGGAGCUCUGCGUGUGGGCUUCACCAACGUGCCACCUUCAGCCAGAUCUCAGCCUCUGCCCGACAUGGCCAUCCCCAACCUCACUGACAUCUCCGGGCACUGGGCUGCUCCCGUGCAUGAAUCCUACUGCCAAGCAGGUUCAGUGCUGGAGUUCUGGGUUUCCAAUGGAGGCUCCUUAUACAUUACUAGCAACAACAUCAGGCAGCACAAACUACUGACAGGAGUGGAUCUGAGCAAGCCGCUGUGGGCCAUGAUAGACAUCUACGGACAGACGUGCUCCAUUUUCCUUCUGGGCUCAGAGAAAAGGGAGCUGUUUCACACCAGAAGGUCCUGUCCUGCACCUGAACGCCCCACCUCACUGGAUGUUGACAAUCCCAGCAGGAUGACUCCUGCUGUGUCGAACCUCCACGGAGACAGCGAGCAAUGCAUCUCCUGUCUUGACAUGGAAGUCCCAGCAGUUGUUGGGUCAGAGAGGUCACUCCGGUGUGGCCUGUCCUGCCUCGGUCCUCUGACCUUCCACUCUCAGGCUGUGGGAGACAAUGUGCGCCUGAGCCAGGGGUGUCGACUCGCAGAGAGGACGGGGAAGACGUUCAGGAACGGCCUGGUGUUCAUUAGCCGCCCAGUGGAGGUCCAGGAGAGGAUUCUUCUGAGGGUGGAGAAGGAUUUGAUGAACUGCCAAGGAGCUCUGCGUGUGGGCUUCACCAACGUGCCACCUUCAGCCAGAUCUCAGCCUCUGCCCGACAUGGCCAUCCCCAACCUCACUGACAUCUCCGGGCACUGGGCUGCUCCCGUGCAUGAAUCCUACUGCCAAGCAGGUUCAGAGCUUGAGUUCUGGGUUUCCAAUGGAGGCUCCUUAUACAUUACUAGCAACAACAUCAGGCAGCACAAACUACUGACAGGAGUGGAUCUGAGCAAGCCGCUGUGGGCCAUGAUAGACAUCUACGGACAGACGUGCUCCAUUUUCCUUCUGGGCUCAGAGAAAAGGGAGCUGUUUCGCACCAGAAGGUCCUGUCCUGCACCUGAACGCCCCACCUCACUGGAUGUUGACAUUCCCAGCAGGAUGACUCCUGUUGUGUCGAACCUCCAUGGAAACAGCGAGCAAUGCAUCUCCUGUCUUGACAUGGAAGUCCCAGCAGUUGUUGGGUCAGAGAGGUCACUCCGGUGUGGCCUGUCCUGCCUCGGUCCUCUGACCUUCCACUCUCAGGCUGUGGGAGACAAUGUGCGCCUGAGCCAGGGGUGUCGACUCGCAGAGAGGACGGGGAAGACGUUCAGGAACGGCCUGGUGUUCAUUAGCCGCCCAGUGAAGGUCCAGGAGAGGAUUCUUCUGAGGGUGGAGAAGGAUUUGAUGAACUGCCAAGGAGCUCUGCGUGUGGGCUUCACCAACGUGCCACCUUCAGCCAGAUCUCAGCCUCUGCCCGACAUGGCCAUCCCCAACCUCACUGACAUCUCCGGGCACUGGGCUGCUCCCGUGCAUGAAUCCUACUGCCAAGCAGGUUCAGAGCUUGAGUUCUGGGUUUCCAAUGGAGGCUCCUUAUACAUUACUAGCAACAACAUCAGGCAGCACAAACUACUGACAGGAGUGGAUCUGAGCAAGCCGCUGUGGGCCAUGAUAGACAUCUACGGACAGACGUGCUCCAUUUUCCUUCUGGGCUCAGAGAAAAGGGAGCUGUUUCGCACCAGAAGGUCCUGUCCUGCACCUGAACGCCCCACCUCACUGGAUGUUGACAUUCCCAGCAGGAUGUCCUGUGUGUCGAACCUCCACGGAGACAGCGAGCAAUGCAUCUCCUGUCUUGACAUGGAAGUCCCAGCAGUUGUUGGGUCAGAGAGGUCACUCCGGUGUGGCCUGUCCUGCCUCGGUCCUCUGACCUUCCACUCUCAGGCUGUGGGAGACAAUGUGCGCCUGAGCCAGGGGUGUCGACUCGCAGAGAGGACGGGGAAGACGUUCAGGAACGGCCUGGUGUUCAUUAGCCGCCCAGUGAAGGUCCAGGAGAGGAUUCGUCUAAGGGUGGAGAAGGAUUUGAUGAACUGCCAAGGAGCUCUGCGUGUGGGCUUCACCAACGUGCCACCUUCAGCCAGAUCUCAGCCUCUGCCCGACAUGGCCAUCCCCAACCUCACUGACAUCUCCGGGCACUGGGCUGCUCCCGUGCAUGAAUCCUACUGCCAAGCAGGUUCAGUGCUGGAGUUCUGGGUUUCCAAUGGAGGCUCCUUAUACAUUACUAGCAACAACAUCAGGCAGCACAAACUACUGACAGGAGUGGAUCUGAGCAAGCCGCUGUGGGCCAUGAUAGACAUCUACGGACAGACGUGCUCCAUUUUCCUUCUGGGCUCAGAGAAAAGGGAGCUGUUUCACACCAGAAGGUCCUGUCCUGCACCUGAACGCCCCACCUCACUGGAUGUUGACAAUCCCAGCAGGAUGACUCCUGCUGUGUCGAACCUCCACGGAGACAGCGAGCAAUGCAUCUCCUGUCUUGACAUGGAAGUCCCAGCAGUUGUUGGGUCAGAGAGGUCACUCCGGUGUGGCCUGUCCUGCCUCGGUCCUCUGACCUUCCACUCUCAGGCUGUGGGAGACAAUGUGCGCCUGAGCCAGGGGUGUCGACUCGCAGAGAGGACGGGGAAGACAUUCAGGAACGGCCUGGUGUUCAUUAGCCGCCCAGUGGAGGUCCAGGAGAGGAUUCUUCUGAGGGUGGAGAAGGAUUUGAUGAACUGCCAAGGAGCUCUGCGUGUGGGCUUCACCAACGUGCCACCUUCAGCCAGAUCUCAGCCUCUGCCCGACAUGGCCAUCCCCAACCUCACUGACAUCUCCGGGCACUGGGCUGCUCCCGUGCAUGAAUCCUACUGCCAAGCAGGUUCAGAGCUUGAGUUCUGGGUUUCCAAUGGAGGCUCCUUAUACAUUACUAGCAACAACAUCAGGCAGCACAAACUACUGACAGGAGUGGAUCUGAGCAAGCCGCUGUGGGCCAUGAUAGACAUCUACGGACAGACGUGCUCCAUUUUCCUUCUGGGCUCAGAGAAAAGGGAGCUGUUUCGCACCAGAAGGUCCUGUCCUGCACCUGAACGCCCCACCUCACCGGAUGUUGACAUUCCCAGCAGGAUGACUCCUGCUGUGUCGAACCUCCAUGGAAACAGCGAGGAAUGCAUCUCCUGUCUUGACAUGGAAGUCCCAGCAGUUGUUGGGUCAGAGAGGUCACUCCGGUGUGGCCUGUCCUGCCUCGGUCCUCUGACCUUCCACUCUCAGGCUGUGGGAGACAAUGUGCGCCUGAGCCAGGGGUGUCGACUCGCAGAGAGGACGGGGAAGACGUUCAGGAACGGCCUGGUGUUCAUUAGCCGCCCAGUGAAGGUCCAGGAGAGGAUUCGUCUGAGGGUGGAGAAGGAUUUGAUGAACUGCCAAGGAGCUCUGCGUGUGGGCUUCACCAACGUGCCACCUUCAGCCAGAUCUCAGCCUCUGCCCGACAUGGCCAUCCCCAACCUCACUGACAUCUCCGGGCACUGGGCUGCUCCCGUGCAUGAAUCCUACUGCCAAGCAGGUUCAGAGCUUGAGUUCUGGGUUUCCAAUGGAGGCUCCUUAUACAUUACUAGCAACAACAUCAGGCAGCACAAACUACUGACAGGAGUGGAUCUGAGCAAGCCGCUGUGGGCCAUGAUAGACAUCUACGGACAGACGUGCUCCAUUUUCCUUCUGGGCUCAGAGAAAAGGGAGCUGUUUUGCACCAGAAGGUCCUGUCCUGCACCUGAACGCCCCACCUCACUGGAUGUUGACAAUCCCAGCAGGAUGACUCCUGCUGUGUCGAACCUCCACGGAAACAGCGAGCAAUGCAUCUCCUGUCUUGACAUGGAAGUCCCAGCAGUUGUUGGGUCAGAGAGGUCACUCCGGUGUGGCCUGUCCUGCCUCGGUCCUCUGACCUUCCACUCUCAGGCUGUGGGAGACAAUGUGCGCCUGAGCCAGGUUCGACUCGCAGAGAGGACGGGGAAGACGUUCAGGAACGGCCUGGUGUUCAUUAGCCGCCCAGUGGAGGUCCAGGAGAGGAUUCUUCUGAGGGUGGAGAAGGAUUUGAUGAACUGGCACGGAACUCUGCGUGUGGGCUUCACCAACGUGCCACCUUCAGCCAGAUCUCAGCCUCUGCCCGACAUGGCCAUCCCCAACCUCACUUACAUCUACGGGCACUGGGCUGCUCCCGUGCAUGAAUCCUACUGCCAAGCAGGUUCAGUGCUGGAGUUCUGGGUUUCCAAUGGAGGCUCCUUAUACAUUACUAGCAACAACAUCAGGCAGCACAAACUACUGACAGGAGUGGAUCUGAGCAAGCCGCUGUGGGCCAUGAUAGACAUCUACGGACAGACGUGCUCCAUUUUCCUUCUGGGCUCAGAGAAAAGGGAGCUGUUUCGCACCAGAAGGUCCUGUCCUGCACCUGAACGCCCCACCUCACUGGAUGUUGACAUUCCCAGCAGGAUGACUCCUGCUGUGUCGAACCUCCACGGAGACAGCGAGCAAUGCAUCUCCUGUCUUGACAUGGAAGUCCCAGCAGUUGUUGGGUCAGAGAGGUCACUCCGGUGUGGCCUGUCCUGCCUCGGUCCUCUGACCUUCCACUCUCAGGCUGUGGGAGACAAUGUGCGCCUGAGCCAGGGGUUUCGACUCGCAGAGAGGACGGGGAAGACGUUCAGGAACGGCCUGGUGUUCAUUAGCCGCCCAGUGGAGGUCCAGGAGAGGAUUCGUCUGAGGGUGGAGAAGGAUUUGAUGAACUGGCACGGAACUCUGCGUGUGGGCUUCACCAACGUGCCACCUUCAGCCAGAUCUCAGCCUCUGCCCGACAUGGCCAUCCCCAACCUCACUACAUACGGGCACUGGGCUGCUCCCGUGCAUGAAUCCUACUGCCAAGCAGGUUCAGUGCUGGAGUUCUGGGUUUCCAAUGGAGGCUCCUUAUACAUUACUAGCAACAACAUCAGGCAGCACAAACUACUGACAGGAGUGGAUCUGAGCAAGCCGCUGUGGGCCAUGAUAGACAUCUACGGACAGACGUGCUCCAUUUUCCUUCUGGGCUCAGAGAAAAGGGAGCUGUUUCGCACCAGAAGGUCCUGUCCUGCACCUGAACGCCCCACCUCACUGGAUGUUGACAUUCCCAGCAGGAUGACUCCUGCUGUGUCGAACCUCCACGGAGACAGCGAGCAAUGCAUCUCCUGUCUUGACAUGGAAGUCCCAGCAGUUGUUGGGUCAGAGAGGUCACUCCGGUGUGGCCUGUCCUGCCUCGGUCCUCUGACCUUCCACUCUCAGGCUGUGGGAGACAAUGUGCGCCUGAGCCAGGGGUGUCGACUCGCAGAGAGGACGGGGAAGACGUUCAGGAACGGCCUGGUGUUCAUUAGCCGCCCAGUGGAGGUCCAGGAGAGGAUUCUUCUGAGGGUGGAGAAGGAUUUGAUGAACUGCCAAGGAGCUCUGCGUGUGGGCUUCACCAACGUGCCACCUUCAGCCAGAUCUCAGCCUCUGCCCGACAUGGCCAUCCCCAACCUCACUGACAUCUCCGGGCACUGGGCUGCUCCCGUGCAUGAAUCCUACUGCCAAGCAGGUUCAGAGCUUGAGUUCUGGGUUUCCAAUGGAGGCUCCUUAUACAUUACUAGCAACAACAUCAGGCAGCACAAACUACUGACAGGAGUGGAUCUGAGCAAGCCGCUGUGGGCCAUGAUAGACAUCUACGGACAGACGUGCUCCAUUUUCCUUCUGGGCUCAGAGAAAAGGGAGCUGUUUCGCACCAGAAGGUCCUGUCCUGCACCUGAACGCCCCACCUCACCGGAUGUUGACAUUCCCAGCAGGAUGACUCCUGCUGUGUCGAACCUCCAUGGAAACAGCGAGCAAUGCAUCUCCUGUCUUGACAUGGAAGUCCCAGCAGGUGAAAGCAGGGCAAUGUCCUGUGUGGUGUGCAUGGCAAAAGAGGCCAGAAUCACUCUACCCUGUGGCCACAGGUGUUUGUGUGACCGCUGCGCCCCCAAGGUCUGCCAGCAGUUUGGCACCUGCCCUCUAUGUCGACGGGACAUCUAUGCACCAUCACUGGAGGGGAGGUCUGUUAUUUGGGGGCUCUAAGCUCCGAGACACCAGGCAAGGCUCAUCAAAUACAAGCUACUGAGUGACUGUAACAAAGAAAACACUACGAGCAGCGCCCACCUAAUGUGUCCUGGUAGCCCAGUGGUUGGGGAGGUUUGCCAUGUGACCACAGUGUGCCUGAUUCAAGCCCAGCCAGGAAACUUUGUCGCAUAAUUGUUAUUCAACUCUCUCUUCCCUAACAUGUAAAUGUUGUAUAGCAUGGAGAUGUACUGCGAUGCUGAUGUGAAUAUAUUAAGCAGAUCAUGUAAAAGAAUGUAUGAAAAAAGAGGAAACUGCACUUUUAUUGUGAUUGAUAAAUAAGGAUAAAGACAAACAUGAAACAUUUUGGUGAGGACAAUCUAUGACUUAUUGCACUCACAGCAUAAAGAGUAAUGUAAUUUACAUUUUUUAAACUGUACAGUAUAUUUUGCCUUCUUAAUGUUA